AUAACUAAAAUUAAAAUAUUUAUCAACUAAAGAUAUAUGAAUAUUUAUACGUAAUAUAUUAUAUAUAUAUAUAUAUAAUUAUAUUGUCUAAAAAUAAUUCAGUAUAUUAUAUUGUGACAGUUUUUGGAAGCACUGCAACGUGACUGCAACGUAUUUUGUUAUUAAUUUCACGUUAGAUCGUACUGAUUAAUUCAAGGAAUUGGAUCCGGCUUUUUGGGCACACCGAAAUCAUUUUUGAUAUAAUUAUACAGAAAAGUUUGUAUAAAACAAUAUUUACAAUUUAUGCAAUCAUAAAUAUGAACUAAUUAAAUUUGUUAUUUUUUAGAAAGGGUAUAAUUUUUGGAAAAUCUUUACAAUGAGUUCGAUAAAAACACCUAUUACAAUUCUUAACGAAAUGAUGGUAAAAAAGAAGAUAGUACCUGUGUUUGAAUUAAUUAUAAGUAAAGGUAUUAAUCAAUUUACGUAUCAAGUUUCUUGUGAUGGAUUAGUCGCAAUAGGAAGUGCAGGAUCAAAAAAAGAUGCUAAACAAGAAGCGGCAAAUCAAAUGUUAGAAAAAAUUGCAGCUCGAGAUGCUCAAUUAACUGGAAAAUCAUUAAAAAGAUCACUUUUCACGAAAGAUAUAAGAGAAAAUCCAAUAAUAUGCAAAAAAUUAAAAACAAUUCCAACUUUAAAUGCUGUAGGAUCAUUAAUUGAAAUCUGUUCUAAAAUGUUCAAGCAAUUGCCAAAUUAUGAGAUUAAUGAAACGGGUCCUCCUCAUAUGAAAACAUUUUCUGUCACUUGUACUGUUUCAACAUUUACUGCUUAUGGUGAUGGUAAAUCGAAAAAACAAGCUAAAAAUGAAGCUGCAUUAAAAAUGUGGGAAAUGAUUCAUGAACAUAUAUUCACAGAAACAAUAAAUUGUGAUUCUCAGAACAUAAAAUUAGAAAAUGAACAAUCAUUGCCAAUGAAUUUACAGUCUACGUUAAAAAAUUCAUUAAAAGAAAAAUUGGAUGAGAAAAAUGUGGAAAAUUCACAAAAAAAAGACAAUGAAAUUGUUCAGGCAAAUUCAACGAAUGGACAAAUUUUCUCAGUCACUAAAGUUGAAAUUCAAGAUAAAAAUGAGAGCGAUGAUCAAUUGAUUCCAGAUUCUUCAAUAAAAACAAAAGAAAUUAACAAAACUGAUGACAGUGCAAAAAAUAUCAAACCAGUUUCAUCUUCGGAUGAAAAAGUAACAGUCAUUCCACCAUCUGAUGAAAAGGACAAUAAUGUAAAUUCAAUUUCAUCAUCGAAUGAAAAGAAAAAUAAUGUAAAAGAAGUUAUUGUCGGAAAAAUUAACAAUACCUUUGAAAAAUUACAAAAUACUCAAAAUUCUCCUUUAUUGAAAUUUAUGCAAAUGAAAGCAAAUGCAAAUAAGGCACUUAUAUCUGAUGGUCAUUUUAAGAAAUCUUUUUCAAAUGAAAUUCGAGAAUUGGUAUUAAAGCAGGUGAUCAAUUUAAUUGAUAAAAUAACUAAUGUAGAUGAAAUUACAGAAAAAAUUGUUUUUGAUGCAAGACAAAGUUUUUCGGAAUUAUUGAAACCAUUGAAAUUGAUAUAUAAACAUAGGAAAUUAGAAACAAAAUCGAGCAAAAUUAUAAUACAUGUUCAAAUAUCCACAAAUCCUGAUAUUCAUGAAAUUGGAAUUGCUGACAAUCAUCAUCAAGCGGAAAUAAAUGGUAUGAAACAAAUUUUACAUUUAUUGACUAAAUUGAUGUAAAUGAUAUCCAUUUAUACUUAAUUAUUCAAAUUGAAUAAUCUAUAUAUUGUUCUGGCUAUUUAAUGGCUUUUUCAUUCAUUUUUGUUUUAUUAAAAAAAAAUAUAUGUAUUUCUUUGUUUCUCAACAUAAUGAUUUUUU